AGGAUUAGGGGUUUAGGGUCAGAACUUGCAUUCCCCCCCCAGGAUUAGGGGUUUAGGGUCAGAUGUUGCAUUCCCCCCCCAGGAUCAGGGGUUUAGGGUCGGACCUUGUAUCUCCCCCCGCCCCAGGAUUGGGGAUUUGGGUUGAUCCUUGUAUUCUCUAGGAUUGCAGAGUUUGUGUUGGUACCUCUAUCCUCUAGGAUUGGUGGGGGCGGUGGUUUGAGUGGAUCCUUGUAUUCUCUAGGAUUGUGGGGCUUCGGGUUGAUCCCUGUAUCUGCAGGAAUUGGAGUGUGUUGCGUUAACCCUUGUAUCCCCAGGCUCUGGGCUUGGUUCUUAAGCCUGCAGGUUUGGAGGGGUUGUGUUGAUUCUUGUAACGUCAGGUUUGGUUAGACUGUGGGAUCUCCAGGGAUUUUUUUUUUGGAGGGUAAGCAGGGUCUGUGGUUAAUUCUUCAACUUCCAGUUUUGGGCUGUGUCGGUCACUCUGGAUCCCAGAGGAUUUGAGAGUGGGUGUUAAUUUGCUGGUAGAAUCCCUGGGUUCAGGGUUUGUCUCUCGUUCAGCCCCCACCCUGAGGGUUGGGGAGUUGGUUUGACUGUGGGAACCGGAAAUUUGAGAGUGAGUACGUGGGUGGGGUCAAUCCCAAAUACUUGUGGAUUUCAGUCAACUCUGGGACCACCCCAGGUUGGUGUUGCGUAGAACUGGCACUGAUUUACCGAGGGUUAGGUUGGACAGGACGUUGGGAAGAUGAUGAUGAUGAUGAUGAUGAGGAGGGUUGGAGGAGGACCAGCAGGCUGGGCACGGACCUCCCUGAAGAUCCUGCUUGCUCGGAGCUCUACGCGAUGGAGGUCCACAUCGGCCAGCGAUCAUUACCACCACCACCACCAGCAUUACCAUGAGGUGACCAAGGAGCGGUGCAAGGCUGUUAGCUCCUUUUACAACCAGUCUCUGAUCGACACUGCAGCUGAGAAGCUCUCGGUGCGCCUGACACCCACGACGAUGCUGUACGCCGGGAAAUCCCCCGAUGGAUCGCACGUUCUGAAAAGCGCCCGGUAUCUUCUGAAGGAGUUGCCAGUCCGUAUUGCGCACAGGAUCAAGAGCAUUCGAAAUCUCCCGUUCAUUCUGGGAUGUAACCCAACCAUUCUGCAGGUGCAUGAGUUAUACAUUCGCGCCUUCCAGAAGCUCAGCGAGUUCCCUCCAAUCGAGAACAGGGAGAUUGAGGGCCUGUACUGCCAGCUGCUCCAGCAACUCCUCGACGACCACAAGGAUGUGGUCACCCUCCUGGCGGAAGGCUUCCGCGAGAGCCGCAGGCACGUCAAGGAUGAGGCCGUGAUUCGUUACUUUCUGGACAAGACCCUCACCUCAAGGCUGGGCAUGCGGAUGUUGGCUACUCACCACCUCAUGCUCCACGAGGACCGGCCCGAUUUCGUUGGCAUCAUCUGUACCCGUCUGUCGCCUAAGAAGAUCAUCGAGAAGUGGGUGGAUUUCGCCAGACGGCUGUGUGAACACAAGUAUGGAAAUGCCCCCCGGGUGCGUAUCAGCGGGCACGUGGCGGCCCGGUUCCCUUACAUCCCGAUGCCCCUCGAUUACAUCCUCCCGGAGCUCCUCAAAAACGCUAUGAGGUCUACCAUGGAGAGCCACCUGGACACACCAUACAAUGUGCCUGAUAUUGUGGUCACCAUUGCCAACAACGACGUCGAUUUCAUCAUCCGGAUCUCGGAUAGAGGUGGAGGAAUUCCACACAGGUGCCUGGAUAAGGUUAUGGAUUACCACUUCAGCACAGCCGAGUGCAGUACUCAGGACCUUCAGGCCAACACCAUCCUGGGCAACAUGGUGGACAUGGUCAACAGCGGACAAUCGAGCCCCAUGCACGGGUUUGGAUUUGGCCUGCCCACCUCGAGGGCCUACGCAGAGUAUCUCAGCGGCUCGCUGGUCAUCCAAUCCCUUCAGGGAAUCGGGACUGAUGUCUACCUGCGCCUCCGGCACAUCGAUGGCAAAGAAGAGGCUUUCCGCAUUUGAUGAGGGAGGGGGCUCUGCACACCAAUUUCACUCCCACAGUUGUGAAAGAUUUGAGGGGCUUGGAGAAGGUCUAAAGUUUUGGUGGAGGGAGGGAGGGACGAGAGGGCUCAGCGGAAAAUGAAAAUAAAACGAGUGGAGGGUGUGGGGGGGGGUGGGGGGGGGGGGGGAGAGAGAGAGAGAGAGAGAGAGACCUAGAGAGAGUUUAUAACACAGCCUGACCCCCGCCACGCUGCCACCUGGAGGAGGCCGCACUCCUGUUAGCUUCUGACUCGGCCAUUGUCAACCCGUCAGCCGUUUUGUAUUCUCAAAAACUGCCCCUCCAAACCCCCCUUGCCCACCGCUAUCCAAUUCCCACCUCAAGUUUGGGACCACUUUGAAACAUGAGGACCGUCGCCCUGUGAUUCUCGGGUGUCUGGGGCGAAGGUGGAGGAGGGGUGAGGGGUGAGGGGUGAGGGGUGGGGAACAUUCCAAGGACGGGUGGCCAUUUUAGGAACACUGGGUCUGUUUCUCACUCCCCCUGCUCCCUGGUCUCCUCCUCAGACUUUCAAGCCACCGUAAACCAUGGGUUGGGAGUGCUGUCUAGCGAACGUCAGGGAGGGUGGGGGGGUGCAAUCUUUAGAAAGUUCCGGAAACCAGCAGUUGUGGAGUGGUGGCCAUUUUUUUUGGCCCACUGAGGCCUAAAAUUCAGGCCAGAGAGAGAGAGAAGAAAAUUACUGGCCCUCCUCCGAUAUCUUUGAUUUGCGUUGCUCAUCCCUCUCUAUCUCUCUUUUUCCCACUCUCUCCCUUUCCUCAAACACAUCACAAGCGUC